CGACAAACCUCGCCCACGACCACGAAUCCACACAACCGCCCACCUUACCUAAACUCCCACACACUCAAUCAACAUGGAGAACGAACGUGGCGAGCUCGUCGACCUCUACGUCCCCCGCAAGUGCAGCGCAACAAACCGCAUCAUCAAGGCCAAGGACCACGCCUCGGUGCAAAUCUCGGUCGGCAAAGUCGACGAGAACGGCCGCUACACGGGCGAGAACCAGACCUACGCGCUCUGCGGCUUCGUGCGUGCCAUGGGCGAGAGCGACGACUCGCUCAACAGACUGGCGCAGAAGGAUGGCUUCUUGAAGAACGUGUGGAGUGCCUCCAGAUAAGAAAAGACGUUGGAGGAUGUGCUGGGAUUGGGGAAUGAAGAGGAUCGAGGCGUUCGCUCACAUGAUGGGCUGAGUUUCGAAUGUGAGGACAACAGCUGCGAUGGCGGUGGUCCUGUCGGCAUAGUCAUGUUAUGGCGCGCAGGGCUGAGGAUGUAAACGAAUUAUACACCACGUCAAAUGCAAACGACCC